UAUUGUUAAUGGUAAGGCACACAAACAAAUAACUUGCAGAAGAACCAUCAUCAUGGAGGUUUCCCGGUUGGAAAAUAGUUCCCUUCGAGAGGAAUACGUUCUUAAAUUAUGGGAUAGUUAUAUCUUGGACAAUUUAGUGGAAGCGGAUCCCUGUCAAAUAGGAAUCUAUGACGUAAGGACUAAACGGCGGAUCACCAGCAGUGACGGUUUCUGGGUAUCUCCAAAGGAACUCGAAGUCGUGAUCGAGGGAGUUACCUAUCCAGACCUCGUACAGAGGAACGGACUUGUUAUCAAUGGAAAAACUUACGACGUCCGAUUAGCCGAUGGAAAGAAUGGAAUAUUCGCUCGUAAGGAGUUCCACGGAUGUACUGUGUGUAAAACGUUCACACUUCUUAUCAUAGCUGUGACGGACGAACGCUACGAGGCCAAAGUCUGCAAUGAACAGGUCAUGAAACUAGGCGAUUUCCUAAGGAGAGCGGGAUUAUAAGUGGAAUAAAAGUUGAACUUUUGACGCUUUAAUUAGUGAUCUACCGACGAAAUACUCAAACAGCAUGCCAAUGUGCAUGCCGCUUUAUAGCCCAAUAGCACAUCAAAACAGGCAGUACUGAAUACUGUGUAUAAUUAUGGUCUUCGUUUAUAUUUGAGUAUGAUUGUAUUAGCACGUUAUAGAUGUAUUACAUAUGUGUUGUUUUUUUUUUAUAGAAAUGUUAAUAAAUAAGGUUUUGCAUAAGUAAAGAUUUUAGUUUAAUCGAACAAAUGAUAUAGACUGUACACUAAUAAACUUUAUAGCGAAGCGCCAGAAACAAGAAUUCUAUGAGUUUAUAAUAUAUCUUUUAUUUGGGGAAUGGCGCUGAGUUCGCUGUAAGAGUGAAUUCGUUUUAAGCGCUUUCGCUAUAACCGUGUUUUACAGUAGCAUGUAUAAACGAGGUCUGAGUCAAAGGUUGGUGGAAUCGUGAUGAAAUGGAGACAAAUAAAAUAUGAUAUAGCA